UCUUCCUUUCUCCGAUUCUCAUUUCCAUUUCGUUAUCUGGGUGGGGAAGGAGGGGAAUAGACGUCGUCGUUUGGCGUGGGAGGUGGUGGUGUCGUCGUUGAGAAAAAAGAGUUCGACCUGAACCGCUUAUUGCAUUUUGUUUGUUUGUUUGGUUAAGGUUCCGGAGGAAGCGGUUUUCCAUCUUCUUAUCCUCUUCGGCAUUUUUUUUUCUCUCUCUCUCUUAAUACAGAGUGGAACGCUUCAAAGCUCAAACAAGCAGCGAACCAUAAACUGAAGGCUACUAUGGACGGCAAUUGUUGUAAAUCUCUCCAGAAUGACAAGAAAUUCACUCUGGCACCACCUCCUUUGCCACGUUCUGCAGCAACAGUUUAUCCCUGCAAGCGUUUGGUGACGAACUAUUCAGCACCAAGCGGGCACAGCAGCUAUGUCUUUUCAGCAACAAGAGAUUUGUGGGAGCGUCUUUUUUAUGAAGGUUAUAAAGCAGAUGUUCGCAUUAAUACUGUUAACGGUGGCAUUGUUUAUGCUCAUUCUAACAUUCUUGCCAUGGCUUCUCCCGUAAUGAGAGGCAUGCUGGAACAAGCAAAUCGUCAUCAUCAUCGAUGGCGAUCAAUCUCAAUCUUUGGUGUUCCACAUGAUGCAGUUCGAGUGUUUAUUCGUUUCUUGUACUCUUCCUGUUUUGAGAAAGAAGAAAUGGAGGAAUUCAUCCUGCAUUUGUUGGUAUUGUCACAUGUAUUCGUGGUCCCUCACUUGAAGCGUGAAUGUGAACGGAAACUAGAAUUGGGUUUACUCACUACAGAUAAUGUAGUUGAUGUAUUUCAACUUGCAUUACUAUGUGAUGCCCCACGGCUCAGCCUCAUUUGCCACCGAAUGAUUCUAAAAAACUUUAAAGCUGUUUCGGAGUCAGAAGGAUGGAAAACAAUGAAGCAGAGCCACCCUGUUCUAGAAAAGGAAGUUCUGGAGUCAGUGAUUGAAGAAGAAAAUAGUAAAAAUGAGAGGAUCAGAAAAAUCAAUGAAAGAAAGAUAUAUCUGCAAUUAUACGAAGCAAUGGAAGCUCUUGUUCACAUAUGUAGAGAUGGUUGUCGAACUAUUGGUCCUUACGAUAAAGACUUCAAAGCAAACCAACCGUGUAGGUAUGUAGCAUGCAAGGGGCUAGAAUUACUUGUCCGUCAUUUUGCUGGGUGCAAGUUGAGAGUCCCAGGAGGUUGUGUUCUUUGCAAGAGGAUGUGGCAAUUGUUGGAGCUACACUCCCGAUUAUGUGCUGAUCCAGAUAACUGCAGAGUUCCUUUGUGCGGGAACUUUAAGCAGCGAAUAUCAAAACAAAGCAAGAAAGAGGAAAUUAGGUGGAAAAUAUUGGUUGAGAAGAUCUUGAGAACAAGAGGCACUGGGAUAGCACCGUGCUUUCCACCACAAUAACCUAUGGAUUUGUGGUGUGGAUGUAGAAUUAUAGAUCGCAGCACUUUCUUCUAACAUUUAUUUUCUCUUUUUCCAGGUGUUGAUUUAUUUAUUUUCUUAUUCUUUCGGCAACUAAAUGGUUAAGAUGGUCAUUCAAAAAAUUUAAACAUUAAUUUAUUUAUUAAUUUUUAAA